AUGGGCCAGGGUGCUAGCAUGUGUCGUUUCAAUGGUUGUCGUUACAAGCGAAACAAGCAAGGACUGCACUUGCGCAGCAUAGAGGAGCCCCAGAGCAGGAUGCCCACCGAGCAGGGGGGCACAGUGGGGCUCGAUACUACGUUGGGCUCUCGUGCUGGUGUCCCCCUGCCGCUACAGCUUCCACCACACAGCAACCUGCACCAUCAUCACCACCACAGCCUCGCCAACAACAACCACCACCAUCAUCAUCAUCAUCAUCAUCAACAGCAGCAGCAGCAACAGCAACAAGGCUCGUCGGGUCAGCACGGUGGCGCGUGUCCUGGACCGGGUGGAUAUGACGCCGAAUUCGCCCGUAUGGAGUCGUGGUUGGACGAGAACCCGGAGUUUGUGCAGGAUUACUUCAUCCGGAAGGCGACACGGCACAUGGUGGAUGGGUGGUUGGUGUCCCACGCGACACCGGUCACUACGGCGGCCAGUAGCGUUGAUUCGCCGACACACGGCUCCAAUCAACCGAGCUCGUCACGGGGUGGUUCUGGCGCGACAACCCCCGUCAGAAAAAUAUCAGCCCACGAGUUCGAACGGGGCGGCCUCCUGAAGCCCAUCGUCAACACGAUCGAUGGUACGCCGACUUUCCUGAGCAUCAGCCCACAAAACGAGUCCUCCGUCAUCGGAACGGCCCAAUGCUGCCCGAAUGGGGUCGCCUACUGUGGAGCAAAUCUGCGACCUCUUCGGUUAUCCCGCAACGAGCUGAAACAGCUGGAUGAGCGCGAGCUAAUCUUUGAAUUGGUGAAGGAUAUUUGCAACGAUCUCGACGUGCGCUCGCUGUGCCACAAAAUCCUGCAAAACGUGUCAAUUCUGCUGAACGCCGAUCGCGGUUCACUGUUCCUGGUACAGGGCAAAAGUACCUGCGGUGGCGACAAUACCAAAAAAUGCUUAGUGUCGAAGCUGUUCGACGUGUGCUCCAACAGCACCCUGGAGGAGAUGGAGCAGCAGGACGAGGUGAAGGUGGCCUGGGGUACGGGCAUCGCCGGACACGUGGCCGAAAGUGGGGAACCUGUAAAUAUUCCAGAUGCUUACCAGGAUGAACGUUUCAACCGGGAAAUCGAUGUACAAACUGGCUACCGUACAAAAGCGCUGCUCUGCAUGCCAAUCAAGGACGCGUCCGGGGACGUGGUCGGAGUCGCGCAAGUGAUAAACAAACAGGGUGAUCAGUGCUUUAGCACGGCGGAUGAAAAGAUAUUUUCCUCCUACCUGCAGUUCUGCGGCAUUGGUCUGCGGAACGCGCAGCUGUACGAAAAGUCACAGCUGGAAGUGAAGCGCAACCAGGUGCUGCUCGAUCUCGCCCGCAUGAUCUUCGAGGAGCAGAGCACCAUCGAGCAUAUGGUCUUUCGCAUCCUGACCCACAUGCAGAGCCUCAUACAAUGCCAAAGAGUGCAGAUCUUGCUGGUGCACGAAGCAUCCAAGGGUAGCUUCUCGCGGGUGUUCGACUUCGAAGCCAAUGAUCUCAGCGGAGACGACGGCGAUGCUCGCACGAGCCCGUUCGAGUCCCGCUUUCCGAUCAACGUCGGAAUAACAGGCUACGUGGCAACGACUGGAGAAACUAUGAAUAUCUGCAACGCGUACGAGGACGACCGGUUCGAUCCUAGCGUCGACGAGGGGCUCAACUUCCGUCACAAAACCAUCCUCUGCAUGGCGAUCAAAAAUUCUUUAAGUCAAAUUAUAGGUGUAAUACAGCUGAUCAACAAAUUCGAUGAUCUUACUUUUACCAAAAAUGAUGAAAACUUUGUCGAAGCUUUCGCGAUCUUCUGCGGGAUGGGCAUCCACAACACGCACAUGUACGAGAAGGCGAUCAUCGCAAUGGCGAAGCAGAGCGUUACGCUGGAAGUCCUGAGCUACCACGCUUCGGCAACCAUCGACGACGCGUACCGGUUACGGCAACUGAAAGUGCCAUCGUCAGCGUUCUUCAAGCUGCACGACUUCAAGUUCGACGAUCUGACGCUGGAUGACGACCACACGCUGAAGGCGUGCAUCCGAAUGUUCCUGGACCUGGACCUGGUCGAGCGGUUCCACAUCGAGUACGAGGUCCUGUGCCGGUGGUUGCUGAGCGUGAAGAAAAACUAUCGCAACGUGACGUACCACAACUGGCGGCACGCGUUCAACGUGACACAGAUGAUGUUCGCGAUCCUCACGUCGACCCAGUGGUGGAAGAUCUUUGGCGAGAUUGAGUGCCUUGCGCUAAUCAUAGCCUGCCUGUGCCACGAUCUGGAUCACCGUGGGACCAACAAUUCGUUCCAGAUCAAAGCCUCGUCGCCGCUGGCUCAGCUCUACUCGACGUCAACGAUGGAGCACCACCACUUCGAUCAGUGUCUGAUGAUCAUCAACAGCCCCGGCAACCAGAUACUGUCCAACAUGUCCUCCGAGGACUACAGUCGCGUGAUACGCGUGCUGGAAGAUGCCAUCCUGUCCACCGAUCUGGCUGUUUAUUUCAGGAAACGUGGAGCCUUUUUGAAUCUGAUCGAACCAAGCAGCGACAUGAACGUCUGGCAAACGGAGGAGCCCAGGUCGCUGCUGCGUGCGAUGAGCAUGACCGUCUGUGAUCUGUCCGCCAUCACGAAGCCGUGGGAGAUCGAAAAGCGGGUUGCCGAUCUGGUCAGCUCGGAGUUCUUCGAGCAGGGUGAUAUGGAACGGCAGGAGCUAAACAUCACACCAAUUGAUAUCAUGAACCGAGAGAAAGAAGAUCAGCUGCCCUUGAUGCAGGUUGGCUUUAUCGACUCCAUAUGUAUUCCCAUCUACGAGGCAUUCGCAAACUUAUCCGACAAACUAACGCCACUGAUCGAUGGCGUGCUGGACAACAAGAAACACUGGAUCGAGAUGGCACAAAGCGCAAAGGAGGCGUACGCCAACAACAACAACAUGUGCGAGAACAAUAACAACAACAACAACACCCACUGCGCGGACCACGCCGAGGAGAAGGAGGGCGAAUGCAAACGCAGCCCGCUGGGAUCGCCAGCAAGUAAUGGAACCUCGCGUAAGCUCUCCCUUGAACCCGAUUGUACUGAUAGUGGUCACCACCACAGUAUAGGUAGCCAAGAGGCCGGUACGAGCAGUUGUACUACUAGCAUAAAGGAGAAGAUCGUCGGCCGGCUCGGGGUCGAUCUCGCGUCGUCACCUCCGUACGCCGAGAAGCCGUCCUUUCUGGUGGUCGGUCAUAAGGGCAAUGGAAUGGUGCACGGGGACAAGGUGCGGCUCAUCCGGUUGUCGUCUUCCGACGGCAAAACGAGUGAACUGGUGCUGGACGAGCAGCAACGGCACACUCCAGACGAGGCGGAUCCGGUAGAGUAAUAAGCACCGAUGGAUGCCCGAACCUUCAAACCCAACCAACACCAAACACUUUCUGAUGUGAUUGCCUUUUUCCCCCUCUCUCCCAUUUGCCGUGCGUUUGUGUCGUGCCCCUGACCGACGACCUGCGGCAGGGCAUUCGUCGUACACCUGCUUCGUCCUAGUUUUAAGCUGAUUUUCCCAACCUGUCUCCGACAACCGAACUGUAGCUGUAUCGCAUGGACAUUCACCUGCAUCAACACCUGCGUGCGGAUAAGGGGUUCGGUUUUAAAUCGGAAUCCUGCGUUCGCCACGCGCACAUCAUUUUAUUUGGUAGUGACUCGUAGUAGUGUAAAUAUGUUAGGCAAUUGUUUGUUAAUUGUUACAAUUUGUACAUCCGUACCGGUCCCCUUUUUCCUGUCGUAUCCCUGUCGAUGUCGGCGCCAAUGCACAACUAGCUGUAACGUUUAUAUCUAUUAUCGUAAAAAUGAGGAAACAACAAACAAUCGCAACUUUCGCGCAGUAGAAAUCUAUUUUAGAAUACUUGAACGAUUCGUGUGUAAAUGGACAACUAGAGAGGAGAAGAUGCAACAACAGAAGAAGAAAAAAAAACAUGGAACCAUAACUUCAGCACUAGUCAGCAGAAUAAUUUAAUGAUAGCAUUUGGAGUGCUCGGAAAACGAGCGCUUUUUUCCCAGUAAGAAGUAAGAAUGAGAAAAUAUUACGAAACAAAAAAGCAACCUAAAACAAAUGGCUCGCAAACCGUCUUAUAUAACCGCGGAGGAAAGAACAACCCAAACCAAAAGUUAAUGAUCUUAUACACAAAAAAAGCGUUGAACUAAAAGCCCACGCAAAAACUAAAACGAGAGACGCACCGAAGAGACGUAGCAAAAGGAGGGAACCUGUGAGGAGUAUUACUUGUUCUAUGGACCAUUAUAAUUAUGUACUUGUAUGAGGAAAACAUUGUUAUAGUUGUUAUGCUUAGGCGAAUGAUCGGUGUAAUCGGUGGCCUCGAUCCUUUUGUGCUCCUUUGCCCGCGUUCGAUGAUUCCUCGAGCGUCGAGGACACCAAUGGCGAACACCGCGGGUGCUUAAGUGGAAAUUCCUCAACUGCGAGGACUCUAGGGUGCUCGUAAUAGAUGUGUUUUUCUAUGUUUUCGAAACACACGCCGGAAAGCGUUUAGCGAUGCGUAGUAAAUUAUUGUACCCCCCCCCCCCCAACUCCCCCUACCAUCCCUCAGAACAAAAGCAACGGUAAACAAAAAAACAACACACGGAAAUUCCCAAUCGGGCCGUGGCACGGUGUAGCAAGGAUUCGUGAGCUCGCGCCCGCGUCCUUAACGCGGUGCCGGCGUAGAACUUUUUCUUCGAUGUGUCAUCAAUUUGUGUGCCCCGUAUAUCUCGUCGUGAGUUCAAUGUAUACGUGUGUGUGUGUGUGUGGGUCUGUGGAUGUAUGUGGACCGUUGCUUGUAUGCGGUUGGCUGUGUGAAUUUCAGCCAUUUUUGUCACCGUCACCCUUUCCAAUUCCACGCUUUGAUAGUUCCGAGAAACACCAAACCCGUACUCGUACUCAUUGUCUUGGCUCAAUGGAAUCCUUGCGAGUCCUUACAAACAUUCACACACACACACACACAACAUCAUCAUGCACACACCAACCCUUGGAAAAAAGGGUGGAAUUCUCGGGCCGUACGCGAAAAAACAACCCUUAGCAGCGAAGAAAGGCUUUCAAUAAAGUGUACUAUUUUCUGAACAUGCUGUAUA